AUGGCGACCGUGUGCACCACGGCGUACUGUAAACGAUGCAGCACAUUUGGCCACGACACUGAGAGUAUUUCAGCCGACUGCAAACGCUGCGGGGUACACCACGGGACGCGCGAGUGCUUCCGUAAGCGUUCGUACGCUUCAGCCGCCCGCGGCUUCCGCUCGCUUUCCAAAACCGCUGUGCCUCACCACGAGUCAAGCGGACCCGUCUCUGCCAGGGCUGCCAUUUCACCGCGUCUGCAGGUUCUUACACCUAGGUCCACACCCCGCACAUCAGAGGGGGCGUCCGUUUCGGGAGACCGCCAGUCUCACACUGGCGCGCCCACAAGUAGCGACACUGAAGCCUCGUCUGCCAACGAGGGGGCAGAAAGGGUGGACGACACCACCACCAUGUCAACCGAAACCGAGCCGAGUGACAAUGAGGCGGCCUCAGUGCAAUCGCCACCUCCAUUGCCCGCCGCACUCGGGUCAGGUCAGGAUGACGGCGUGAUGCCGUCAUCCGCAGCCGAAGUGGCCGCCGACACUAACAAGUCACGAGUAGGACACACCUCCCCCACCGACGCACCCGCCAACGUCUUGGCCCCCGUGACCACCCAGGACCUGGAGGUCCGUGUCCAAGACGCCGUCAGCGUCGACCCCCCCAUAUGGAGGGAAGGACACUACGUCCCUCCCGAAUAUGGUGAGGACCACCGACGGACCCCGUCAUCUUCCCCUGCACCCCACCCGGCACGACUAAGGCGGAAGUCGGACGUGAGACCGGGACAGACAGCCACAGGCCUCGAGCAGAGAUCACGCUCGCGCUCACGGAGACGCGUCGACAAGCGGGAGGCGGCCGGAGGAGCGGGCGCUAACAGGGACGCACGGCAGCGCAGACCCGGGCCCAUUGGUCAAAGCAGCGAUAGCGACGCUCCGCCGCACGCGAAGGCCCAGAAGCUCGAGGAAGAUGGAGGGGGCAAGGGGGAACCACCCCCCACGCCCUGA